ACCCGCCGGAGGACCCCUCGUCCCGCACCCCCGGGGAGCCGUUUCUCCCCGGCGGGAGUCGGUGGGAUUCGGGGGAGGAAACUUUGCCCCCCGCCCCCCAGCAGGCGAGGCAGAAAGGGAAGCGCUGCGGGAAAUCGCGGGCAGCGACAGGAGCUGUAGUGGAAACAGGUUGUUGGGAUCUCGUCGUCGUGGGAGGAAGGGGCGGCUCUGAUUGCCAGCUAGCCAAAUCUGGGCUCUGGGAAAUGGAGACGGAGCCGCAGCUUUCCCACCCAGCGAUGUGCUGAAAGAAAUGGAGAGCGAAUUACCACAGGAGAGCUUUGCUCCGAAAUCGCCUCUUCCCAGGAAGGGAAUACACUCCCUGAGCUCUUGAAGUUGUAGCGGUUGCUAGCUUAGCUUGGGGUUAACCUCAGCAAGUUUCAUCUGCGUGAGUUCCUGGUUUCAGUGGUCAGGCAGGUGAUUUUUUUCUUUUGGCUCCUCUACUUGUGCGUGAAUAUUGAAUACCAAAAAGUCUGCUUGAGAGCUGGGAGAGCUUGAGAAAAGCCACGGUGGAGAGUUGUGGUGUUUUGGAUAUAUUUGACACAAAGUACUGCCACCUCUGCUCGAGACAGUCGUAUGGCUUGAAGGGUGGAGCUGGAACCUGGCACUUUUACGUCCAUGGAUCCCCUAAACCUCUCUUGGUACAACGGUGACAUUGGUGACAGGAACUGGAGCAAGCCGCUCAACGAGUCCGAUGCAGACCAGAAGCCUCAGUAUAACUACUAUGCCAUGCUGCUCACCCUCCUCAUCUUUGUCAUCGUUUUUGGCAAUGUGCUGGUGUGUAUGGCUGUGUCCAGGGAAAAAGCCCUUCAGACUACCACUAAUUACCUGAUCGUGAGUUUGGCAGUGGCAGAUCUCUUGGUAGCAACCCUGGUCAUGCCUUGGGUGGUCUAUCUGGAGGUGGUCGGGGAGUGGAGGUUUAGUCGGAUCCACUGUGAUAUCUUUGUAACCCUUGAUGUUAUGAUGUGUACUGCCAGUAUCCUCAACCUCUGUGCCAUCAGCAUUGACAGGUACACAGCAGUAGCAAUGCCAAUGCUGUAUAAUACCCGCUACAGCUCGAAGCGCAGGGUCACAGUCAUGAUUGCUGUGGUCUGGGUGCUUUCAUUUGCCAUCUCCUGCCCACUCCUCUUUGGCCUCAACAACACAGACGAGAAUGAGUGCAUCAUUGCCAAUCCUGCCUUUGUCGUGUAUUCCUCCAUCGUCUCCUUCUACGUUCCCUUCAUUGUCACACUGCUGGUGUAUGUGCAGAUUUACAUAGUGCUGCGGAAGCGCAGGAAGCGCGUCAACACCAAGCGCAGCAGCCACGGCCUGGACUCGGACACGCAAGCCCCGCUGAAGGACAAAUGCACUCAUCCAGAAGACGUCAAGCUCUGCACAGUUAUUGUGAAGUCCAAUGGGAGUUUCCAAGUUAAUAAGCGCAAAGUGGAGCCGGAGAGUCACAUAGAAGAUAUGGAAAUGGAGAUGGUGUCCAGUACCAGUCCCCCUGAGAAAAUCACCAUCAAACCAGCGGCACCAAGUAACCAUCAGUUGAUUGUGCCAGUUGCUUCUAAUCAGGGCACCAACUCAACCCUGCAGGCCUUGGACAGCCCUGGGAAAAUAGAGAAGAAUGGACAUGCCAAAGAAACACCCUACACAGCCAAGGUCUUUGAGAUCCAGUCUAUGCCAAAUGGCAAGACAAGGACCUCUCUCAAGACUGUGAGCAGGAGGAAACUGUCACAACAGAAGGAAAAGAAAGCCACUCAGAUGCUAGCCAUUGUACUUGGUGUUUUCAUCAUCUGCUGGCUCCCAUUCUUCAUCACUCACAUCCUGAACAUGCACUGCGAUUGCAACAUCCCCCCAGCAAUGUACAGCGCCUUUACGUGGCUUGGAUAUGUCAACAGUGCUGUCAACCCAAUUAUUUACACCACCUUCAACAUUGAAUUUCGUAAGGCUUUCAUGAAGAUCCUCCACUGUUAAAAGUAAAAACAGCAACCGCAUUUUUAAGAAUGAGAAAAAAGAAACCAAUGCCAUUCACGCACACAAAUGGGCAGCCAUGGAGAGGUCUCGAGCUCUUGUAUUGGGCAUGAGGCCUAAAGUGUUACACCACUGCCAUGCCCAUGCGCCUCUUGGUGGGGAUGUAACGAGGGCCUUCAUGUGGGAGGUCCUCUCAUCCCUCAAGGUGAUCUUUGGAUUCUGGGACACCAAUCCCAAAGGCACUUUUCAGAGCUACCCUCACACUGUGUUUAAAGCGGAAGCAAAAAUCAAGGCAUACUCACUUGAUUCUUGCCUGUGGCCAUCUAACCUUGAGUGCAUUAAACACAGACAGAGCCAUGUGAAGGUAGCGAUAGGUCACUGCCGCUACUGGCUUGCGUGUUACGUCAUUGAUACAAUUCUCACCAAAGACAAGACCAUCUUUUCCGCUUUACAAUAGGAGCCAGACAGAGCUUGCGGAAACUCCAUGCAAUAGCUUUGCCUUCACCUCGAGCUGACUUACCCAGUAUUAAACUCCUGAAGCCUUGAGAAAAAACUUUAAGAGGUCCCCAAGCGGGCUAAGAAGGUUCUGCCACCUACAGAUCCAAUCCCUGCAACAAUGUGGGCCUACAAGCAACAGGCAAAAGGAAGAAGGGGAGCAUAAGUCUCAUGUGGGACCAGUACAUCAGUGUAAAUAUGAAUAAAUGAGUUGAACAGAAGCCCAAGCCAAAAAAUAGAAGGAGAGAAACUAAAGAAAUUAUAUGCAUGGUACACAUUCAGAUCAAACAGGACACCAACUGUCAUCUAUCAUCAGCCAGCCCAGCAGCAAUUUCUGCCCACCAGCAUUUCAUCUCCAGUCUCUUACAAGAAGUUAAAAAACUAGGUGAGGAGUGUUAGUGUGGUGAAUGUUUCCACGGAAACAUGAAGACAGCGUGCCAGGUGAGGCAUCUGCAGCCGUGUCCAUCUCAGAUGUGAACUUGAACAAGUCAGCUAAGUUAGGUCCAGUUCUUCUCACCUCACUUCAGGGUACCAUGAAGCCAAGGACCACCUCAGAUAUGAUUUGCCUAUGUCUCUCAAUAGAGAGAGCGCAGAAUAACAUCGUGCCUAGUUUAAAUUAACAGUAAAUGAGAUAAAACUGUGUGUUUUAGAAAAAGCCAGAAUAAAAGCCCAAGAGAGUCCCUAGCUGGACCCAAUCCUGUGUCCGAGUUGGACUGUGGAAAGGUCUGGAUGUUUCCAGCAUCCCUUACCCUCUGAUAUCUAUUUUUCACGCAUUAAAACAAUUGAAAACCUAUAACAGCAUAAUUUUACCAUGCUGACUCUGGCAUUGCCAAAUCCACACUGUACUUACUAAUUAUACUCAGUUCAAAAUAUAUUUUGUAAUACCUCUGUAAAGAAACUAUAGUAAGAUUAAUAAAAUGACAUGGAAAUAGGACUGGCUAGAAAUUAAUGUAGGAUCUGGAGAACUAGAUGAUUACAAUAGCCAUAUGCAGAGGCAGGCUCUGAAGUUCUAGUUACCUGCUGUUUUGUAAAGAUGUUAAAAUGCAAUCUGGAGAGCAAUAUAAUCCCUUUUCUCUCUAUGCAGUGUGUGGAAUAUUCGCAUAGUUUCUGCUUCAGGAUAGAUAAAGACCGCUGCCAAGGGGGGUCUUCUUUAUUCUCUGGUUUUCCUAACAAUGCUAACAAAGCAUUUUCCUGUGGGAUGGACUGCACUGGUAGAAUGUGCUCCAGCUGUAUAUCGAGAAGAAAUUAUGCCAAGCAGCUAUAACACAUGUUCUCAGUUGUUUUCUGAAACUGAAACAGGACCCCCACCUUGAUCCAAAAAUUUCCAUUCUAAACUUUGCAUUCCUGGAAGAAGCCAAUAGCCAGUGUUAUUAGUAUUUAGCCCAUGGACUUGUAUAACAUUUAAACAUGGCUCUUCAAGAUCUGUUCACAGCUAUAAAUUUAAAUAAAGAGUGAUCCUACAGAUGCCUAAAUGUGUCCCAGCUUAGUGAGGGAUUUUAGCAUAUACUCUCAGCAGAAAUAGGUCCUAUGUAUUAACUGAAUAGGAGAGUACAUGCUUAUCAGAGUGACAUUUUAUUGACAUACAUGAACUGGGUGUUACAUGUUGCUGUCAGAACAAAGUGUUAUGAAUAUGUAAGAUGGGACCAGUCACUCUUCUGUCUUAGCAUUGUAAUGCAUAGCUAGGAAACCUUUAUAAUUUGAGCUGUAAUAGGAUUACAGGCAAGGGGAAAAAACACUUCUUACAGAAGCACAGGAAACUUUCCAAUCCUUUUUUAAUCAGAAAAUUGGAAACACUAACUCAAGAGAUCUCAGGCACACGUUAUCUGUUCUUUGUUUCCCCAAUUUUAACUGAGCAAGUUUACUCAGUAAUGAGAAUCAACUCAGACUGCUAUUACUUAAAAGAUUCAAAGAAUAAUGUGAAGUCAGUAGGGGUUUAUUGGUGGAAAAAUAGUAACAAGCUACUGCUCAAUUUUCUAACAUAUUUACAAUCGCAAAGCAGAAAGGUGCCAUUUGACUUAGUGAAUUAACAGAUGGGGAGCUGAAUCAAAAUAGAAAAUAAUAUGCAUAUAGACAAAAAAAGCUCUAAAGCAUUUGGAAGUUGCCAUAGGUGAUAUUUGCCCUGUACUAAAACCUGGUGUGAGCCCUCAAAAUAAGUGGAAUGUGAAUAAUGUCUUAACUUUGUGCCAUGAUUCUAUUUUGUGUUCAGUGUUAACCCAGGACAAAAUCAUCAUCUUCAAUACAGUGCACCUUGUUUGAAAAUUUUGUUUCUGAAUCUAGAUGUGGAACAUUGUAGCUCAACUCACCUGAGCAACUAGAUGAAUAACUCUUCCAAAACAUCAUGGAGGAAGAGAGCUGCUGAAAAAGGGCUUAUGUCCUUCAUACGUUUGCUAACUUGGACCAAAAAACCCAGGCGUUGUUUCCUAAACAUUAAGUAUUUUUUGGGAGAAAUUACCUGCAGCCCAUCGUUCAUCCCAAUGACAUUUUAAGUCACUCAUUCCUAAUACUCCAAACUCAAAGGUAUCUUGUGGGAAUAUCUGUAUCCCCACUACCCUUGGAAAGGUGGUAAUGUCAUGUCUGUUCAUCUCCUCUGCAGCAAGUUUUCAUUUCCCAUAAAACAUCUACUCUUAAGGACAAUAAACUAAAGCGCUUUCCACCCAUGAAUCAAGCCUUCAUAACUCUCUUCAAGAGAGGACCAAAAUUUAUCAUCAUCUCUGGCUUUACAAAGAAUAAACUAACGGCAAGAGCAAGGACAGUCUUUGCAAUCUGUUUGUACAGCACCUGGCACAAUGACAACUAGCCCGUAGUUGUGAUGGAAGGUGUUUGUAGAAACUUCUGAAAUUAUGAGAAGUCUGUUGCAUCAUACAGGACUCUGAGGCCUCUUGCUCACAGAUCUGAGUCUAGCAAAUACAGUCCUCACUGCUACUUCCACUCUGGAAAAAAUACUGCUUUCCCAAGGACUUCAGAUGGUGGGACAUGCUGAUGAUGGUAAGGGUACUGAUAUGUUUUUUAAAACACAUUGCUGAGAAGAUUUCGUUUCUUUGUUCCUGAAGAAGAACUUAAGACCCUUGCUAUAGUCCCUAUUUUGUGAUUCAUUAUUUGUAACUGAAGCUUUAGUUCUGCUUACUGAGUCUUCCUGUUCCUGCUUUUCUUCCCUGUGAUUCACAGCUCGCUGAAGCCCGCGGGGCUCUCUGCACCCCCUGAACAGGUUUUAAUUAAGAAGCUAGCGAAUUCUGCCUGCACUGUAUUUGGCGCUUGCCUGCUUGCUCCCACUACAGUCAUGAUACUGUUUAUCUUCCUGAUUGAAGAGUAAACUAAUUACAGUAGGUCUAACCAGCUUAUUAAAUCCUGCUGAAAUAAAAAGGAAAACAGAAAAAAAAGCCACUACCUCUGUGGUGAAAAUCUCCAGUGAAAACAUGACUCCCUCAAGAGUUAAGAAUGUAUAAUACCCAUCACAAGUACAUGUGACACCAACAAAUGUCUUCAUGCAGCACUGUAAUUAAAUAGAGACUUGCACAAGCUACCCUGAUGUUAUAUGCUUAUUUCGUUCUUUUUACCAGAAGCAGCAAACACUGGUGUUUAGCUGUAAGGCGUCAGACUCUAGGGACCUAGGUUAUGCUAUACAUAGUGCACCUAACAGGAAAAGAUGGCCUUCAGAUGAGAUCUUGCAUUUUUUCUGACUUGCUUUUCAGAUUAGUUGCAUUUUUUCUUUCUCUCCCUUAUUCCAGACUAUCCUUAAGAAUUCUAGCUUUUGUCUAGACUGAAGCUAGGUGAAUCAGACAUGGGAAAGAAGGGGUGCAGAAAGACACAGGCAGAAAAUAAACUGUUCUUAAAUGUA